UGAGAAAAAGAAUUCCUGCAUGAACGUGGUCUGUUUCUGCCCUCACAAAUAUCUGCUUUCUCUCUCUAAACCUCCCACACACACAUAAAGUAAUCUCACUCCUCUCCUCUUUCCAUUCUCUCUGAUGCAUUCUACGCUUACAUCUUCAUAUUUGUACACAUCUGCUCAGAUUACAGUAAGAAAAUGCAGCUCUUUCGUGUAUGAUGUCACUGUAGAGCCACAAGAUAAGAUUAUAAUAUACAUGAAAUAGAAAUACAUCGGUGCAUGGUUUCCUGCCAGCUUUACAUAGUGACGGAACGAGGGGAGGCUAAUCCAGACUGAAGUCAGGUCUCGGCUUGGUCAGAAAAAUUAAUAAAAUAAUCAUUUGACUUAUUUCAAAUCUAUUUGGAAUCCUGGUUCCGCGACUGGCUAUAUAUACGCGGGUUUAGAGUGUAUUGUGAAUAUUGUUUAUUUAUGGUGGGGAGUAGCUCAGUAGGUGGAGUUGUUCCGCGGGUAAAAUCCGAGCAAGUUAUGAUGGCGAGCGGUGGCGGGAUCACACAGCCUCAAGGGCAAGUGAUGCCGAAAGUGGAGGAAGGAGUGGAGGCGGAGAUGAUGGAGAUGGACAAGGAUUUUUUGUGUCCGAUUUGCAUGCAAGUGAUUAAGGAUGCGUUCUUGACUUCGUGUGGACAUAGUUUUUGUUACAUGUGUGUGGUUACUCAUUUGGAGAAUAAGAGUGAUUGUCCUUGUUGUGCUCAUUUUCUGACCACUAGUCAUCUGCACCCGAAUUUUCUUCUCAAUAAGUUACUGGCAAAGACCUCUGCUCGCCAAAUAGCAAAAUCUUCAACUCCAUUCGAACAACUUUGUCAGGCACUACAACAGGGAUGUGAGGUAUCAGUCAAGGAGCUCGACAGCCUUUUAGCUAUGUUGGCUGAGAAGAAGCGGAAAAUGGAGCAGGAAGAAGCCGAGACAAAUUUACAGAUAAUGCACGACUUUUUGCAAUGCUUAAGAAAGCAAAAGCUUGAUGAGCUCAAUGGGGUACAAACUGAUCUCCAUUACAUCAAGGAGGACAUAGGUGCUGUUGAGAGGCAAAGAAUAGAGUUGUAUCGAGCACGAGAAAGAUAUAUGGUAAAAAUGAGGAUGCCUACAGAGGACACUUCAGCAAAACCAGCAUGGCACUCCUUGAUUGAUAAACGUAGUAGCGCAAUAAUGUCUAGUCCCAAUGUGCAAGGUCAGUCCUGGAUGGGUUCAGGCAGUUUGCAAAAUAGGAGAGCCGAUGCAAAGGCUCUGGAAAAUCCUCAAAUGCUACAAAGGAAGGAUGCUUGUAGUGGAUCUGACUCACCACACAGCACCCAGUCAGCAGUCUCUGUAGCACGAAAGAGGCGGAUUCAUGCACAGUUCAAUGAGCUACAAGAAUGUUAUCUACAAAGGAGGCGCCACCAGGAUAGAAAAGCACAUAAGCAGGAAGAUGGGGAUAUAACAGCUGUAAGCAGACAAGGAUAUUGCGCAGGACUUGAAGAUUUUCAAUCUGUUCUGUCAAGUUUUACACGCUACAGCCGGCUUCGGGUUAUAGCUGAGCUCAGACAUGGGGAUCUUUUUCAUGCUACCAAUAUUGUUUCAAGUAUAGAAUUUGAUCGAGAUGAUGAAUUUUUUGCUACUGCUGGAGUUUCUCGGCGUAUUAAAGUGUUUGAAUUUUCUUCGGUGGUUAAUGAAUCAGCAGAUGUGCAAUGCCCUGUCGUUGAAAUGUCUACUCGCUCUAAACUUAGUUGCUUAAGCUGGAACAAGUACACCAAAAACCACUUAGCCAGCAGUGAUUAUGAGGGUAUCGUAACUGUCUGGGAUGUAAAUACCCGUCAGAGUGUGAUGGAAUAUGAGGAACAUGAGAAAAGAGCGUGGAGUGUUGAUUUUUCUAAAACAGAGCCUUCAAUGCUUGUGUCUGGGAGUGAUGACUGCAAGGUCAAGAUCUGGUGUAUGAAACAGGAAGCAAGUGUUCUUAAUAUAGACAUGAAAGCGAAUAUAUGUUCUGUGAAGUAUAAUCCUGGAUCUAGCUAUCAUGUGGCUGUGGGCUCUGCAGAUCAUAACAUUCACUAUUAUGACCUGAGAAAUAUAAGCCAGCCACUACAUAUCUUUAAAGGUCACAGAAAAGCUGUUUCCUAUGUAAAAUUUGUGUCUAACAACGAGCUUGCCUCUGCAUCUACCGACAGCACAUUGCGAUUGUGGGAUGUGAAGGAAAACAUACCAUUGCGCACAUUUAGAGGACACACCAAUGAGAAGAAUUUUGUAGGUCUCUCAGUAAAUAGUGAAUACCUUGCUUGUGGCAGUGAAACAAACGAUGUGUUUGCAUAUCAGAAGGCUAUCUCGAAACCAGCAGCAUGGCAUAGAUUUGGUGCUGACUCAGAAGGGGAGGAAGAUCCCGCUUCUUACUUCAUUAGUGCCGUUUGUUGGAAAAGUGAUAGUCCAACAAUGUUAACGGCAAACAGUCAAGGAACAAUAAAAGUUCUUGUGCUUGCUGCAUAACUAGCUGCAUUUGCUUACUUGACACUGACUGCAUUAUGGUGGUCAUCACUUCUGUAUAAGCAUUUUAACUUCGGAGUCUUUGCAUUACUAAUGCGUUGAUGCGUUGAAGUGAUAGCUCCCUUGUAAUUAAAUAUAAACUCGACAGAUAGACGCUUAUGAGGUUUAAUUGUCACUGUUUCACUCUUCGCACCGGCUCUCACCUUACCUUCCUUCAUCAUCAUCUCUUUUCCCCUGCAAUUAAUGUAUGUGGUGACCCAAUUUUCAUUGGUUCUA